AUGGGGAUUGGAGAAGAGAUGCCAAAAGUUGCAGUGCUUAAUGUGGCAGACGGUCGAGAAUGGCGAGUCGAGUUGAAAAAAUAUGGUGAAAAUGAUUUUUGGCUGGAAAAUGGAUGGGAAGAAUUUGCACGCCAUUAUUCUUUAAGCUAUGGUCACUUUCUGGUUUUUAGAUACCACGGAAAUGAAGCUUUCCAUGUUCUUAUUUUUGAUGUUACUGCAACUGAGAUUCAGUAUCCUUCUUCUCCUCCAACAAUACUUGAACAAAAUCAUCAUCAACAUCAACAUCAACAUCAACAUCAAUCUUCUGUUGAUCAUCAGUUCAUGAAACCCAUUAAACGCACAGUAUCUCCAUUAAUGUCAUCUCCUAGGCCCUCCAAGAUGAUGAGAACCGCCAUUUCCACGUCCAAAACUCACCUUGGGAUAUCAGGGUUUGAUCAAGAGAAGAAGAAGAUGAUCAGUGCCGGAAGGGACUUUAGCAGUACUGAAACUCCGUUUUUCGAAGUGGUCAUACAGUACAAAGGCUCAGUUGUGAUACCAAAAGAAUUUGUGAGGAAACACAUGAAGGGAGAUGAAAGGAGUGUGAGAGUAAGGAUGGGUGAGGGUGAGAGCAAAUGGUGGGUUGUGAAGCUAUUACACUAUCCAAGUGCAUAUAUAUUAUCUGCUGGUUGGACUGCAUUUGCCAAAUACAAUUCUCUUCAGCAAGGAGAUAUCUGCAAGUUUCAGCUCAUCAACAAGCCUCAAUCUCUCUUCAAAAUCUCCAUUGUUUCACCACCUUCAUCAUCCUUCUAUCUCUAA